GGGCUGAGCAGCGGGCGUGUCUUCGGCGGCUGUGGCAGGCGUCACGGUGUGGGGGCGGAACGAUUCCCAGAGAUGGACGUUCGCGGCAGCCAGCACCGUCUGCGCGAAGAGGAGAUCGACGCGGUGGCGAUGGCGGUCACUGCUGUCGUCGUGGGAGGAUCUCCACGUGUGAGGCAGUCUCAGAUCGUAGCUGCGUGCGCCGCGUACGUGGAGAAGAAGGUGACGCACUAUAGGAUGCCAUUGCCAGUGGAGCACGUGAUCGCUUUCGCGUUGUACAGGUGGGCGUCAGGAGAGACGUACGAGAGCGGGACGUCAGCCUUCGGCAUCGGCAGGGCAAUUGGAUUGCAGGCCGUCCACGACGUCACUUCGGCGCUGCUGCAGGCGUACCCCGACGCGAUCAAGUGGCCAGUUGGCCGUAGACGUGCGCAGAUUCUGCGCGCAUUCCGUGACAAGGGUUUCCUGAACUGCUUCGGCGCGAUCGACUGUACACACAUCUACAUUGACAAGCCCGCCGACACACCUUCACACAACUACUACGACCACAAACAGAAGUUCUCCGUGCAGGCGCAGGUGGUGGUGGAUUUGGAUCUGCGGAUCCUCGACGUCCACAUCAGAUACCCGGGAAGUGUGCACGAUGUCCGUGUCUUGCACAAUUCCCAGUUGUGGAGGCGUGCAGAAGCUGGCGAGCUGUUCGACGCACCUCCGGAGAAUCUGCCGCACGGUGUCGUCACGCGAGGUUACCUGCUAGGCGACAACGGUUAUCCAGUUGCCUGUCCAUGGAUCGUGCAGCCGUACGGAGGAAUCGACCAAGAUCCUGACGAGGAGCGCUUCGACACGCGGCAGAAGGUGGCGUGGGGGUGUGUGGAGAGGGCAUUCGGGCGACUGAAGUGCAUGUGGCGUUUGUUCUUGCGCACCCACAAGACGAACCUGGAGACCUUGCCAUAGCAAUCCGUGGCCGUGUGCACUCUCCACAACAUCCUCCUCGAUGCGGGGAUCGACUUCGAUGAGAACCUUUUGUGGG